UUAUAUAAACAAAACUAUAAUUUAUUAUUUUCCUCCUCUUUCCCUCUCUUUUCCCGAGAAAAUACCUCCUCUAUCUAUCUAUCUCACUCUCUCUCUUCUGCCCUACCAAUCGACCAGUGAGAGUUAUUCGAACACGCACAACAUACCAAGGCACGAAACUUUAAAAGAGAAACCAAUAACGACUAGGAGACCAAAUAAUAGUCACAACUGUUUAGCCAUUUGGAUUUCUAGGGUUUUUUUCUCGGAGACAUCAGGGCUUAGGAGAGGAGGAGCAGAACUAGAAGAUCCGAUGGCAACACAAGGGCAGGCGUCGAUGGACCCUGCCGUACUGGAUGAUAUUAUCAAACGGCUAACGGAAGUUCGAUCAGCGAGGCCAGGUAAGCAGGUGCAGCUCUCGGAGGCUGAGAUCAAGCAGCUAUGUUUGGCUUCUCGAGAUAUCUUCAUGCAACAGCCUAAUUUGCUGGAGCUGGAAGCCCCCAUUAAGAUUUGCGGGGAUAUUCACGGCCAAUAUAGUGAUUUACUAAGGCUUUUUGAGUAUGGAGGUUUUCCUCCUGAAGCCAACUAUUUAUUUUUAGGGGAUUAUGUUGAUCGUGGCAAGCAGAGUUUAGAAACAAUUUGCCUGUUGCUUGCCUACAAGAUUAAAUAUCCAGAAAACUUUUUUCUUUUGAGAGGAAAUCAUGAAUGUGCAUCAAUAAACCGGAUAUAUGGAUUUUAUGAUGAAUGCAAGCGGCGGUUUAAUGUGAGGCUUUGGAAAUCUUUUACUGACUGUUUCAACUGUCUCCCUGUUGCGGCUCUAAUAGAUGAUAAAAUAUUGUGCAUGCACGGUGGUCUUUCUCCUGAUUUGACAAAUUUGGAUCAAAUUAGAAAUUUACCUCGACCAACUGCAGUUCCAGACACUGGUUUACUGUGUGAUUUGCUCUGGUCAGAUCCUGGUAGAGAUGUUAAGGGUUGGGGAAUGAACGACAGAGGAGUUUCAUAUACUUUUGGUCCUGAUAAGGUGUCAGAAUUCUUGAUGAAGCAUGAUUUAGACCUUGUCUGUCGUGCACACCAGGUUGUGGAGGAUGGGUAUGAGUUCUUUGCAGAAAGGCAGCUUGUCACUAUUUUUUCAGCUCCCAACUAUUGUGGUGAAUUUGAUAAUGCUGGUGCUAUGAUGAGUGUAGAUGAAAAUCUGAUGUGCUCCUUCCAGAUUUUGAAGCCUGCUGAGAAAAAAGCUAAAUAUAUGAUCCCAAAUAAAAUGUGACAGGUGCAGCAUCUUUGAUCCCUAGUCUUUUUUAAGGCAGGAAAGUGGCUGAAACUGAAGAUUGCUAGCUGGGGAUCUUCUACACUUACGGAUUUAAAAGGGGGAACGGGUGUAAAAUCUUUGGAACUUCCUGUCUUGAGGCUGAUUUUAUGUGGCUGACCGAAGGCCAGGAUCCAAAAGAAGCAAUCUUUCUUUCUUUCUUUCUUCUACUUCUUUUUUUCCUUGGUUACGUUGUGGUUCAUCUGUACAUAAAUUUGACCUGGUAAUUAAAAGUGGCACUGCAAUGGUGUCUACAUUUGUCGCCCAAAAUUGCUUUUUCAUUUUCCUGGUCACUGAUUGAGGUGGUUGUAUUGUCAUUUAGGCAUAUUCUUAUGUUGAAGAUGGUUAUUUUUAUCAUUUUUCUUUAAUGGUUAAAUUCCUGUCACCCA